AUGAGUACGUCUCUGCACUGAGGCAGUUCAGAAUGAGGCAGCCUUGGAGCUCUGCAAGACCUUCACCGAGGAACUAAGGGCUCGGGAGGAGGUACCCCAAGUCGUGAAACCCUGGAGGAGAAGGAUGGCCCUCACCAAAAGGGACACAGGAAACUUUUGACACAGCGUGGAGGGUCCCAGAGCACCCACCCAGUUGGAGUGGCCCCUACAAGCAAGGCGUUGAAGGAGGUGGACACCCACGGGGGCUUGCAGGGGAGGCUGACCAUGCAUCGCCUAUCCUUGAGGUGGGACCCACGUCUGAGGACAACCGCUGCUAGCGGUGAGAAGCUGCUCCGCUGGUGGAUGGCUCCGUCUGGAGGUCUCUCUCCAUCAGGCUAGAGGACCUGCGGGUGCAUUUACGGUACUCGCUGCAUUGCGGUGCUCGGCGUUACCUGUCUCGGUGGCUGAGGAUCCGGGAUAAAAAUACUUCACCAGUAAUGAACAGCAGCUGGUAAUGCACUGCCUGGCUUCCUGAAGAACUUGGCGCAGACCUACCCACCUCUAAAACAAUGUCAUUUCUCCUGCUGUGUCCUAACAGAUUGUUCUGGGUGCUGUCAAGGCACAUUAGAUUGCAUCAGUUCAACACUGGAAAUUCAUUCAAGACAUUUUUCCAGGCUGUCUGGUGGCUGCUGUUGGGAAUAAUCCUAGUUUGCUCUCCAGCAUAUUGUUCUGUUUUUAAAAUUGGACUGCUCGGACCCUGGAACUGUGACCCCUUCUUUUCCAAAGCCUUUCCCCAUGUGGCUGCCAGGUUAGCAGUGGGACGAAUAAGUAAAGAUCCUUCACUAGAUCUUGGCCACAGACUGGAUUAUGUGGUCCUGCAAGAAGAAUGUGAGACAUCAAGAGCUCUGGUUAGAUUCAUUAACUUUGGAAAGCUUUCCUCAGCUUUCAUAGGCCCUCUGAACCCUGGCUUCUGUGAGGUGGCUACACUUUUAGGGGAAAACUGGAAUAAAGCCAUCUUCUCAUGGAUGUGUAUCAAUUAUAAACUGGAUUCCACCAUCCACCACCCUACGUUUGCAAGGACCCUGCCCUCUCCAACCCGAGUUUUGUUUACAAUAAUGAAAUAUUUUAACUGGGCUCAUGUUGGCAUCAUUGCUUCCAAUGAGGAUAUUUGGAUGGACACAGCCAACAAGUUAGCAAGUGCACUCAGGAACCAGGGGCUUCCUGUAGGUAUUGUUACAUCCAUGCGUAAAGGAGAAAAGGGCAUUGAAGACACCUGGAAUGAGAUUAAAGAAGUUGAUGGCAUCAGAAUUGUCCUCCUGUGCAUGCAUUCUGUGCUCAUUGGCGGGGAGGAACAGGCCACCUUACUCACAAAAGCUCUGGAAAUGGGACUAGCAGAUGGAAGAUAUGUCUUUGUUCCAUACGACACUUUACUGUACAGUCUUCCUUACCAAAACAACUCAUUCAACAUCUUUGAUAAUGACAGCAAGCUCCAGGAGGCAUACGAUGCUGUGCUGACUGUCACGCUGGAGUCUGGAGAAAGGACUUUCUAUGAAUCAUUCAGGGAAGCUAAAGAAAGAGGUGAAAUAACCAUGGAUUUGGAAGACACCCAGGUUUCUCCACUUUUUGGAACAAUCUAUGAUGCCAUUUACUUCAUGGCAAUGGCUAUAGACAGUGCUCGAAGGAAAGGAGUCAGAAUCUCGGGAGCUAACAUAGCUGAGCACACAAAAAACUUCAGUUUCCCUGGAUUUAGUCACCGUGUAGAGACGGACAACUGUGGGAAGGGGCUGAGCAACUACGUGAUACUGGACACAGACGGUCGUGGGAACCAGCUCUUCCCGACCCACUUGCUGGACAUGUCUUCAGACUCUGUGAAAGCCCUAGGCCGGGCCAUCCACUUUCCCAGUGGAGCUCCACCCAAGCCAGACUCCAGCUGUUGGUUUGAUCCAGAUGUUCUCUGCACCGGAGGGAUUGAGCCUACAGUCAUGAUUUUGGGAGCAAUGUUAAUAUUUGCCCUGGUGCUUUGUGCUGUGGGCCUGGCUUCUCUCAUCAGGCACAGUAUCUUGAACAGCCAGCUAUUCAGGGGACCUAACAAGAUAAUACUGACCUUGGAUGACCUCGUCUUCAUCAACCCAGAGCUACAUAAAAAGAGGCUGACCUUGGACAGUCUGACUGAUGCAAACAGCGUAGCAGCCGAAGGCAGAAGCUUGAAAUCCAUAACCCGCUCCUUUUCCUUGAAGAGCACCGCUGCCACCCAUGAAACCUCCAACGUGGCUUUGUAUGAGGGAGACUGGGUGUGGCUGAAAAAAAUUGAGACGGGAGCAGUUCACAAUCUGCGGCAAAGCUCCACCAGCGUCUUGAGGAAGAUGAAAGAUCUGCGUCAUGAAAAUGUGAAUCUGUUCCUGGGCUUUUUCUCUGACUGUGGCAUCUUUGCUGUAGUGACGGAGUACUGCUCCCGAGGAAGCCUGGAGGACUUGCUGAGAAACGAAGAUAUGAAACUGGACUGGAUGUUCAAGUCCUCUCUCAUGAUGGAUCUAAUUAAAGGAAUUAGGUAUUUGCAUCACCGAGAUUUUGCCCAUGGACGUCUCAAGUCUCGUAACUGUGUUGUGGACGGCCGGUUUGUGCUGAAGAUCACUGACUAUGGUUAUAACGAGCUCUUAGAAGCACAGAAAUGCCCGUGUAUUCAGCCACCCCCAGAAGAAUUGCUGUGGACAGCUCCUGAGUUACUGAGGGACCCAGACAUGCUCAGAAAAGGCACGUUCAAAGGGGACAUUUACAGCUUUGCAAUCAUCCUACAAGAAGUGGUUGUUCGGGGUCCACCAUACUGCAUGUCAGAACUCUCCGCUGAAGAAAUUAUAAAGAAAGUGAAGAAGCCCCCUCCCCUGUGCCGCCCAAACAUAGCCCCUGAGCUGGCCCCCCUGGAGUGCAUCCAAGUAAUGAAGCAGUGCUGGAGUGAAGCCCCCGAACGACGUCCAACCUUUGAGGAGGUAUUUCAUAAGUUCAAAACCAUCAACAAAGAGAAGAAGACCAAUAUCAUUGACUCAAUGCUCAGGAUGCUUGAGCAGUAUUCGAGCAACUUGGAGGAUUUAAUCAGGGAGCGGACUGAAGAGCUAGAGAUUGAAAAACAGAAGACAGAAAAACUACUGUCACAAAUGCUCCCCCCAUCAGUGGCAGAAGCCCUCAAGACUGGUGGCACUGUGGAGCCGGAGUAUUUUGACCAGGUGACCAUCUACUUCAGUGACAUCGUGGGCUUCACAACCAUUUCAGCCCUCAGUGAACCCAUUGAAGUAGUUGACCUUCUGAAUGACCUUUACACGCUGUUUGAUGCUGUUCUUGGAAACCAUGAUGUUUACAAGGUGGAGACAAUUGGUGAUGCCUACAUGGUUGCCUCAGGGCUCCCAAAACGGAACGGAAACAAGCACGCAGCUGAGAUAGCCAACAUGUCCCUGGACAUCCUCAGCUCGGUGGGAACAUUCAAAAUGAGACACAUGCCAGACAUCCCCCUCAGGAUACGAAUCGGGCUGCACACAGGGCCUUGCGUGGCAGGUGUGGUGGGGCUUACCAUGCCACGGUACUGCCUCUUUGGAGACACGGUGAACACGGCAUCACGAAUGGAGUCCACGGGCCUGCCUUACAGAAUUCAUGUCAGCCAAAGUACAGUGGAUACGCUUCGGAGUCUAAAUGAAGGCUAUGAAAUCGUACCUAGGGGAAAAACAGAACUGAAGGGUAAAGGAGUAGAAGACACAUAUUGGCUAGUUGGGAAAAAAGGCUUUCUGAAGCCCUUACCUAAACCUCCUAAAAUAAAGCCAGGCCACAACUGGCCAGAUGUCCUGACCAGGAAACUCAAAUCUGUCCUGAGGGGGACAAAGAGGACACUGACAAAAGCAACCUUUAAAGAGCUGGGGAGCAUGAAGGAGGCCAGAAUAAGUACUGAAGAGGAUGAAAUCUGAGAAGAGCACAGCAAAAAACUAGUAAGAUCAGGAUGGACACCUUGAAGCCAACCCAGCAGAGGAGCUCACACCCUCCAUUUAAUUCCCUUCCAGCCAAAAGCAGUAUAAUUGAUGAAGCCUCUUAGCUCUUGCAGAGGGUGAACCUGAGCAGGCAGAUGAAUCCUGACCAUCAUCUAUUGGGAAACUGGGCACCAACUCAGAGCUGUAUGUGUGCUUUUUUGGCAGGGGUCCAUUGGGAAGGAAAGUAAUGGUGGUGGUGAUGGUAGUGCCAGCUCUUCAUCAGCAACUGUCGCGAGGAUGAGCCCAAAGAAUAUUUUAGCUAGGUCUGCGUGGCAGCAAAAACAUGUCUGGCUGCACUUGGGCCUGGAUUUGAACAAUAAUGCCAAGUGCUAAAAUGGUUUAACUGUUUUGCAUUAUAUAGAUUUUUCUUGUUGUUGUAGGAAACUCUGGUUUCAUGAAAAUCAGUGCAAUUUAGAAGAAAGUGGGUUUGACAACAACAAAAAAUAUUUUUCACUCUCCCACAAGGGGAAAUUUUGAAUCAAAAUGUUUUGUUCCUAUAAGUCAAUUUAAGCUGAAACAUUUUCUUUUAAAUUGACAUUUCAGCUGCAAAUGCCAUUUUAAUGCUAUUUUCAAACUGAAAUGACAGUUUUGAAAUGAAACAGUUUGGUAUGAAUCAAUAUUUGUUUCCAAAUGCCAAAAUGUGAUUCUGCUCAAAAUGUUAAAAUAUGUCAUCUCUGCAAUUCAAGAUCUGAACUGGAAGAACAUUCUGUUUUACUUUAUACGCACAUACAUAUAGCAUAUCUAAAACAUUUUACACUUUUCAUCUCAAAGCAGGAUGAAAACGGAAAGCCAAGAUAUUGGAAAACUGAGAUGCAGAGAAUGACAUUCUGCAGUUCCUUCAGCUGAGUAAUACUAAUGAGAUAUGAAUUUUCUUUGCUGCAAAACUGGAGCUGAGGGAACGAAAAGUACA